CAUAAAAGCCCACCCAUAACUAUUUGUCCUGACCCAUAAAAUCCCACCCUUCUCUCUGCAUCACCUGUGGUAUUGUGCGCGCUAUCCCGCCCACCCCAUUCCUCCCUCCUGUGUUGCCUGACGCCAGUCGCUGCGCCACACCGCGUCGGCAGUCGAGAUACCACCACCUUUCCAGCGUCCUUCGCCUCCAUCCAUCGUCGCCUUGCCGCCAUUGGCGAGUCACACUCAAGCGUGUGUUACAAACAAGCGUGUUACACAAGCGAGGCUCAAUCUAGUCCUGCAUAGCGACUCACCCGCCGAUGCUCUUCCCCGGCGGGCUCAUGCGCGUGGGCGGGCGUCACCUGCGCGGCAGCAAGGUGCUGCCGCUGCUGCAGCGGCGCCUGGCGCUGGCCGUGGGCAGCAGCCGGUUCAGCCGGCAGGUGGUGGUGCUGCUGGGCGUGCUGGCGGCGCUGCUGCUGCUGAACCUGCUCUUCUACCUCUUCGGCGGCAUCAGCAUCGAGUUCGUCACGGACGACCCGCUCCCCGACCUCCCCUCGCUCUGGCGCGGGGACGCGCAGCCCCCCCCGCGCGGGCGGCAGUGCGCGGCGUGGCUGGCGGAGGUGGACCCCACGGGCGCGGGGAGCGAGCAGCGCGACUGGCAGCGGCAGCCCGUGGUGGUGGCGGCGGGGGAGAGCAGGCGCGUGGGGGGGUGCGCUGUGGGCUGCCUCUUCACGCGCUCCCCUCCGGACCACGAUGCCUGUGACGCCGCUGUGGUCGCACCGCCAGCAGAUGCAGCAGCCGCAGCAGGAGGGGACGAGGCAAGCAGUGCAGCGGGGGGGGCGGGCGGGGCGGAGGCAGGGGGGCUGGGAGGGCAGGCGAUGCCGGGGGUGGCGGCGGAGGUGGGCGCUGCGUGCGCGUACCAGGUGGUGUGGCAGCGGUCGGCGCGCGAGGCGGUGGUGAUGCCGAACGCGUCCAGGGUGGUGGCCAUGACGUCCAGCCUCAGCUCCGAUGUGCCGCUGGGGCAGCCGUCAUGGAGGGACCAUGCGUUCAUGGAUCCACCCACACCCAAGCAUGCAUCACCGCCCAUUGUGGCCAUCCUCAGCCACCCCUGCUCCAGCCUCCAACUCAAGCUGGACUUCAUAGCAGAGGUAUCGCGCCAGGGAGUGCCCGUGCACCCGCUGGGCUCCUGCCUGCCUGCGUCCGACGCCCACCACGCCACGCCCCUGGCAGCGCAGCAGCGGCUGUGCGGCCACCGCUUCGCCUUGCUGUUUGAGGAGCUCGCGCCGCUGCACGCCAUGUCGCCACACUUCUGGGCAGCGUUGGCAUGCGGCACGGUGCCCAUCGUGGUGGCCAAAGGCAGCAUUGCCAUGUUCGCCCCUGCUGAUAACGCCUUCCUGCAGGUGGGGCGGGGCGACGAGGUGCGGCAGGUGGUGGAGUGGGUGGGGUACCUGCUGCGCUCGCAGCGCGCCUACAGCGAGAUGACGCGGUGGAAGGCCGACGUGCCCUCCGACGCCUUCCUCGCCCUGCUGGACCUCCCCAUCGUCUCGCCGCACUGCCGCCUCUGCCUGCACCUCGCCACCAAGUCUGCCCGGGCUUCUCACCUGGUGGCAUGGGACGAGAGCAGCACUCGCAAGGUGUGUCGCUGCUGGGACGAGGCCACCAACACCACGCUUUACCACCUCUACGUGCGCGAGCGCGGCACCUUUCCCUUUCUUUCCUUCUUCCUCAACGCGUCAGAGCUGACCAUGGCGCAUCUGAUGCGCGCCAUCUACCGCCUGUACCACGGGCUCGCCUACCGCCCCCUCUGGCACGGCCACCGCCCCGACGCGCUGUCGGCGGGCGGCGCAACGCAGGUGAGGGUGUUCCGCGUGUACCCUCUGGAGUCGUCACAGGAGAUGGUGCUCCAUGGCAGCGGGGCCUUCCGCCGAGACAGGCAGCUGCAGGACUACAUUGAGGCCACACCCUGCCCGCGCCUGGAAGUCAUCCUAGUUUGAUGCAGCAUGUUACUCGAUGCCAUUUACUGUCAUAUAUUGGGGACCGACUGUUAGCGUUCAUAUAUGUGUUAGGUUAGGAAUAUAUAUGAACUAUAGCCUUGCUAGGGUUCAGGUUAUAUAGGGUACAACACUUAGAUAUCCUCAAGUGUGUUGCCUUGCCUGGUCAACUGUUCUCUCGAUAUGGUAUCAAGCUAGGUUAGCUCCUAGCUGUCGCGCUUCCGCCCAGGCCCUGAGAUUUCAGGAAUUUUCUCCUGAUUUUGCUGAUUUUUCAGUAUCUUUUUAUGUACCAACUCUGUGUUUUCAGAGUGUUUUUUGGUGUAGAC